AUGAACUCCAUCCAGGGGUCCCUCAUGCACCGCAAAGGCCUCAUGCACCGCAAAGGCAAAAUUAGUGCAACAUUUUCCAUCGAGGGCUACUGUUACUCUUUUAAGGGUAGCAUAUCAGAGGAAUUACCUGACUUCGACCAGGAAGUUGAGCUUUCCUACAAUGAUGACAAGCAUCUGAAGGGCAGAGGGGAAAUUUUGGGAAAGAUUGACGCCAAAGCCGUUUCCAUCACCCUCCCCAACAAAGUCGUUAUAUGGGGAGAUCCUCCGAUCGCUGUUGAUGGGGAUUUUGAGAUUUCUGGGACAGGUUCAUGGCUCGAAUUUUAG